AUGGGAAAAUCAAGCUCUGGCCGGGAUCGCGCCGGCUCAGAAAUGUUAUCAAGGUCCGACCGACGUCGCAGCUAUGACCACGAAUCUUCUAGGCGGCAUUCGGGUGCAGAUUCGUUGAAUUCUUCCUCCCGCCGCAGGUCGACCCGACGCGACGAAUACGAUGAUGAUGGCGCUACGUUUACAUCUACGAUUACAGAAGAACCCUCGGAGAUAUCGGACCGGCGGCGGAAGAGUUCAAGGAGAGAGGACGAUGACGAUGAUACGCGGAGGUCGAGCAAAGGCGAUAGAGGUUUGAAGGAUGACCGAAGGCGCGGGGAGGAGGGCCGUCGCGAGUCUCGCAGGGCCGGCAAGUCAGAAAGGAGGGAGAAAGAGAGAGGAAGCACACGCGCCUUCGGAGACCACGACGCUGCUUUGCCUCAGAAUCAGUUCCCAGGAGAAUUUCCUGAUACCUACGCUCAGCCAUACCGACCACCCGGAUUAGCUGCGGAAUACUAUAACGACCAUGGAGAAUCAGUACAAUCCCAACCCGGUGUCCGACCCAACCAACCGAGUAUCGUGACGAACACUGAGCAAGCACACCUCAUGGAGCCUACAGUGGAACCAAAGCCUCCACCUGAGCCCAGCAGCUUGGGCCAGAUUGGUGCGGCCGCAAGCUUCUACGGCGAUACUAAUUACGAGAAUGACUCUGGACAUCAAACAACCCCUUCGAAGCCUCCCCGGCUAAGUUCCGGAUCAUACAGGCCCGCCAAGCACAGCACGUACGGCGCGAGCCCCAGAUCGAGCCCUGGACCGCAGGGGAACAUUGCGCCGUCUGCGCAGACUCCAGGUGGAAUAGGUUUCGCGGCACCAACAGCCGCUGUGGUGGGGGCUGCAGCCGAGUAUUAUGCGGGCGGAGGCGGAGGAGGGUCUGCAAGCGCAUAUCAGACACCAAAUCGACCGCCGCCUGGGCCACAGCCAGGAUUCACUCCGUACUCUGCUCCUCCUGGAAUAGGCGGCUCACAAUAUCACUCCAAUGCGGCCUUGUACGGCGGAGCCGCGGCACUCACCGGCGCAGCAGCUGGAGCUUACAUGUCAUCUCAUGCUCACCAGCAUCACUCCCACAGCCAGCACCAGACCUCGACCCAUUCCUCUGGCUAUACGAAUGGAUUUGCCCAGUCGCAUGGAGGACAGAUGCAUCAAGCUCAUCGACACAAGCAUAAGGGUCUCUUCGGCAAAUUUGUCGACUGGUGGCGAGAUCCCGAGGCAAUUGCGCAGUAUGAGCAAUACACGGAAGCAAUCGGUGUAUGCAAAUACUGCUUUGACCCUAUGAGCACACCGGCAGACGCCCCUCGCAAACAUGGGUAUCGCCGUCGGACGCCUUCUGGUGGUCGGCACGGAAGCACUACUCGAGUAGACAAGACGUACAGAUAUUCUUCUGACGAGGAGCGACGGAGACGCUCUGGCACAAAGGUGGCGCUUGGCGGUUUGGCCGGUUAUGGUGUUGCUAAAGUGGGGGAGGCUAUGUACAAGCAACGGCACGAUUUUGACGACACCUACUCUGUCAAAUCAGGCCACCCCGUGAAUCAGAGCAGGGUCAGUUUUCACGACGAGCCCCAGUAUGAACGCUAUGGAGAUGUCAGGCUCCAAAGACGCGACAGCGAUAGGAAGACGAAGAAAUCCGAACAGGCCUCGCACAAGGAGAAGCCCCGGCGCCGCAGAUCUCGCUCGUCUUCCUCCACCUCCUCCUCACACGGCAUCUCUCGUGGUGCAGCAAUGAGUGCUGGUGCUGCUGUUGCUGGCGCUGCUACAGGUGCUGCGGCGCUGGAUAGAAAGACCCGGCCGCGGAGUCGAAGCAGAAGUCGAUCACCAACGUCAAGAAGGAGAUACUACUCAAAACGGGUGUCGCCAAUGCAUUCUUACGUGGAUCUUUCGGCGACGAAUGAUGCGCCUGGUGGCCUAUUCGGCUUCUUUACCUCUCCUUCAGCCAACACGAAGAAGGGCAAGAAACCAAAAGGGCUGUUCAAUUUUGGGAACGAUUCCAGUUCUUCGUCAGACGCGGAUCUUCAGUUUGGGGCCGGCACUGUUCGUCGGAAGCCUUCUACGAGGCGACUGCGCACGAGACAUGACAAACCUCAACAGGACCAUUCAGCUGCUGCGAUGAUGGGAAUGGUGGCUACAGGUGCUGCACUCGCAGCUGAAGUUGAUAGGAGGCACGAAAAAGGUAAGCGAGCGCACGACACUGACAGGUAUGCAGGCCGAAGUAGCAGACACGCAAGCGAACACAGGAUAUCCAUGGGCGACCACGAAACCGGCGGACGGGAUGAUGAAUGGUACGACACGGACGACGAUGCCGACUCUGAUACGAGUGUAGACACCGCGUUGGCGUACGGGGGAGGAAUUUCCGCGGCGCAAAGUCGAGAGUCCCUUAUCCAGGAUCGCAAGUCAACAAGGCCCAGCCACAAUUUCAGAGAAAGAGAUCAACGAAUGUACCACGAUGGCCAUGCAAGUUAUGCCCCGACAACUUCCUUCCCUGUCUCUGCAGCUCCAACCACUGUCCUUGCACCAGUUGCAGGAGCCAUGGGUGAACGGGUGGCGUCAGAGGCAGUGCACCAAGACCCUCGACUGCCGAUGAGCCCCUUGCCACCAAUGCGGGAAGUUGAGCCUCGACCACUAUCAGAUCCACCCUCAAAAAUAGGUACGCCGCAGGUGACGCGUGUUUCGUCGACGUCUGUCCCGCUCCAGCAGCCGCAACCAGUUGUUCCGGUUGCACCUUUUAUCAACGACAUCGGUUCACAGUCGCCCGAGCUUCAAAGACGCCUGGGUCGAGAGGCUCAAAGUGAAAGGAGGCGACCAAGACGAGACUCAAGCCCAGCCAAAUUACCCACGCAGGACCCGAGAAGCAGCGUCAACUUCAGCCUGACCCAGGAGCAGCUCGAGAACGAAAGGCGCGCCAAAGACAGGGACGAUAGGCGGAAAAUCGGUUCAAGCGGCGAUGCCCAGCGAAAGUCUGCUGAUGCAGGCAAUCUUGAGAACACUUCGUCUAGGCGGGUCGAAGCAUCCCACCAAGAGAGAAAGCCACGAAAUAGACGGUCUUCUGAAGCGACUCGGAGAUCUUCCGAUGGUGAUGAGCGCGUUGCUGAGAUCGAACGAGAGCUUGAGAGGUUGUAUGAGGAGCAUCGGCAGGCUGAGGAAAGAAAACGCAGGAGAGAUUCGGGACUAAAGAAAGCAGCACAAGCAGCCGCUAUAGGCACUGCAGCAGCCGUGACUGCGGAUGUUUUGGCUGGGAGGGACAGCAAAGCUGGGUCCGGCGAAGAGUCGACACCAAAACGGAAAUCAAGCCUCAAGAGGAGCCGCGAAAGGGAAAGUUCGCCGCAGUCUGAGACUCAGCAGGAACGGAUUGCCAGGAUGGCUGCUCAGAGGGUCAGAUCGACCCCAUCACCAGUUCAGCAUGACGACUACGGCUCUUUCUUCGUCCCGACCGAACUCAGAGAGCAUCUGAAAGAGCACAACGACAAGGCUGAACACCGAGACGACAUCGGAGCAAAUGUGGUCGAGAUUGUUCCUGGGGCACCGAAAUCUCGUCGACCACAUCCAUUUGAUCCCUUCACGUACCGCCACUUUGGCGCUGAGCCAGCAGACGAUCCUUCACUCUACCCCUGGCCUGUUCCAGUACUCGCCUUGGUUGAACCGACACCACCAGGUAGCCAAACGCACAGCGUUCGUGGCGAUGAGACUCCCGUCGUCGAGCCGAAGAGAACAGAGCCGCUGGAGAAGAUUGGUGAACCACUCGAGCGGAGGGAAUCCAAGGUUACUUGGGGCGACCACGACACCUACGUCUAUGAAGUGCAGACUCCCGAGUAUGAGCGGAAUGAUUUCGCAUCUGGCGGGGAGACGGGCGAACCGAGGAUCGCUGACAUGCCUUCGCCAGAUGAGAUCCUUGACGAGCCAAAUCCGUCAGGCGAGGAAUCCCAAAGUCGACCCAGUCUUGGUCGUACUUGGACGCUGGAGGACGGUGAAGCAGAGAAACUCGAGAAAGAAGUGCCGGUUAUCGAUGACAGACCUCGAAUAAGCCGUGCUUGGACGGUCGACGACAAGGAAGCCGCCGAAAUUGACCACGAAGUUUCAGGAUCACCGCUGGGUGAGAGUGUCACUACACCUGAGCCAAGUCCGGAAAUCAUUGCGGUCGAGCCCAAAUCUCAAGCACGUCCAUCUAUUGUGGCUGAGCCAGAAAAGUUGCCAAGAGCACCCUCGCCUCCUGGACAAGCCAGAGCGGGUCGUUCCCAGGCCUUUUAUCAGAGUCCCUUUGCCGAGUCCGUCAGCGAUGUCGGCGUAAUGGGCGCCUAUCAUACGCCAAUCCGCUCUGAAGGGGAGGGAACGGGGACAAUCGAGGAGACGCACGCGACGCACGAUCAAGGCCGGACCGAAGAUGCCACGUCUGAACCACAAGUGCUGGAGACAUCUCCGGGCCCCCGGACGAGCAAAAGUGAACAACGUCGCCGAGAGCGCGCAAGCUCUUUGCCUGACGUAGUUCGACCGUCGGGAUCUGAGCAACAGCCGACUGAGCCCGAAAGUGAUACCGCUUCUCCACCACCAAUUCCGGGCACCGACAGCGUCUUUGAUUACUUGGUGAAUGGCAAAGGGGAAAGGGCUGCCCCCGCUUCGGUACUGGGGCUGGGCGCGGCGGCAGUCCUUGUAGCCGACCAAGUUGCAACAUCAAGGGAGGAGCACGAACAACCACGACCCCGCGUGUCCGCGGAAGUGGAUCAGCCCUCGAAGCCGAAGCGGUCGAGCACAUACGACGAUUCGAAAUCGCAACGGUCACGAUCGGGGUCAAACGCCGGAUAUCAAUCCGACCCCGAGGACUGGGAACGCUCAACGGACAAGUCGGGAAAGCCAAAGUCAAGUUCAAAGAGCGACGUAGGUGCCAAGUCGUCAAGCAGGUCGGGGAGCCGGCGCGAAUUGGAUAGGGCGACUUUCGCGCCCCUCCCGAAAUCUGCCGCCGAAGAUGACCUUGACGAGGAUUCAGCCUCACGCCCGAGCUCACGGCAUCGCCACAAGGACUUUGACGAAGAAUCAACCAUCAGUCGGAAAAGCAGAGAUGGAGAGAAGAAGUCACGAAGCCGCCGCAAUAGAGAUGCAGAUGGUUAUCGGGAUGAUGACGCACGUUCGGUCGGGAGUAGCGACUCGAAAGGAAAGAAGAAGGAAACAGGGGGGUUUUUCAGCAGCAUCUUCUCCAGCAAUAAGAGCGAUGUGAGUACAUCCAGCAGAAAAAGCUCAAAGUCUACCAAGUCAGAGGGCCGAGCAGACCGUGACCGUGACGACCGCUCCGAAUCUCGCAGAAAACGCAGGUCCAGGGACAAAGCAGAAUUUGACGACGGCGCGUCAGCGGUGUCAGAGCCGACUCGAAAAAGCCGUCGAAGCUCAGAUCCUCAAGAGGCAGCUGCCGAUCGGAAUGAAUCCUCGAAAGACCAGAGUCUUGAUGAUGGUUUCGUGUCCGCUGAAGAGGCCGCUGAGUCACCAAUUAAGAAUGUCAGAGAAGGCGAGUCUUUUUUAGCGAGUCGCCCCGAAAUGCCAGAACCAACGGUCAUGGAUAUACCAAUGGGUACUGAUGGUGUCUCGGGGCCAAUAUCCGAGAGAGAUCCAUCUGCGCAACCUGACAUUGUUGCCAGCACUCCGGUAAAGGCACCAAUCGAUGUGACAGACGAUGGUCUUGAACGCCCAGUGUCGCCUUCAACCGAGCGCGGGCGUCCUGGAUUCUUGCCUUUCGAGCCAUUGCGAGCGACGGAGAGAGAAUCUGCAGAUCCCAGGCUCGAAUCUCCACCCGUCUUUUCGCAGAUUGCUGAAUCACGACGCCUAUCUGCCAUACGGACCAGCGACGUGCCUUCUAGUCCUAUCGCCACAAGUUCUCCGACCGCCGUACCACUGCAGUUCCGCCGCCCACACAUGUCGCCAACAAACCAACGCUUUUCGAUGAGUUCACCUGUCGCAGCUCCCAGCUCUCCACUAUCUACGCCUCGAACUCGACAAGGUAGACCCAAGUCUACAGAAUUCCGUAACAGCAAGGAAUUCCGACCGCUUUACCUUGUGGAAAGACAAAAUUUUGCGAAAACGGCUGCAACCGAACCUCAAGAGGACCUGCCUUCGUUACCAUCUAGCAGGACCAGUUCGGCACAUCCGUCGAUGGAAGAUCUUCGAGCAGAGGCCCAAGCAUGGGAACAGUCCGAGUACGUCACUCCGUCUCGAAUGAGCGCCGAAAUGUUCCGAGAGCGCGGUAGACGACACAGCUUCUCGUACUGGCGCGACAGUGGGAAGCGACGUGAAUCCCCAGAUUACUUGGAUUCUCGAUCGGCUACCCCUGUGCCGGGCGAAGCACAAAGAGCUCGUGAUCAAGAAACGAAGCCUAGGCUGAAGUACGAGUUCCAUUCCCCGAGCGAAUUGCUGCAGGAUCCAGCAUUGCUACGUGAUGUACCUCCGGUGGAGGAUGCCGACGCACUCCAAAGUCCUCUUCCCAGUGUUGCGAGCACAGACCUGGAUCAGGACUACAUGAGCGCACGAAGCAGGAGCUUCUCACCGACGACAAGAGCCCGAAGCCUGAGCAGGGGUCGACGAAGCGCCUCGACCACAAGAUCAACGUCGGCGUCCUGGCACGAUGCAUUGACUACUGCAGCAGCUGGUGCGUUGGCAGGCUCCGUACUGGGCAUCGCUGCUCAUGAAGUUCUGCGAGAGCCGUCCGAUGAGGUUCCGUCCGAUGAAGUGGCAACACCACGGAAGUUUGGCUUCUCUCCAGAGGAGGUCGCGGCUCUGAAAGAAGAGCCUGAUCCCGUGGAUCUCCAGCAGGAUCGGAGUCUUUCUACAUCUGCGCCGGUAACCGAGCAUCAACCUCUGGAACAAAAUGCUGAGCCACAGUCGGAAGAAAAGCCUCAAGCCGCCACUGAGGGAGUGCGAGAUACUAGCGCGUGGAAGAAUGUCUUUUCGGAGCUACACGAGCGUGAACGUAGCUUGCACCCUAUGUCCCAAAGCACAGAUGUCGCGACGGCCGAAAAGUCAGCAUCUGAGGUCUUGGUGGAUGAUGUGGCACCUGAAGUUUCUGUGCUAGUCGCCCCAGUUAUGGCACCUGUGCAAGGAGUGGCCGAAGCUCAUCACUCAAAUCCAUCCGAGUCCACAGGGCCAACACCGCAGGUAGAGGACUCCGCGUUGUUAGCUGAAGACGAUCUUCAACAGCCGGUGCGAGAUGCUGAAGAGCUAACCCAGGAAUCAAGCAGCAAAACAAAGAAGUCGAAAAGGGACAAGAAGGGCAAGAAGAAACGGUCCACUCCGACAUUGGACGAAGAUCCGCCACCCACGCCAGAAGAAGGUAUGGUGCCAGACAAGAAUGGGGCUUUGGUUCGAGAGAUGUCACCAUCUGGAGUGCCAGCAACUGAUCCAGAAACAACGCUGAACCUGGACAGAAGUGUCGAAACUGCCCCAGAAGCAACGCCAACACAAGCUGAAUCAGGGGUGCCACCUUCGACUACCAUUGAUGACGAGCGGAAAGAUGUUGACGGGCCGCACGAACAAAUCUCCAUUCCAAGCGACAAGACCAUUGACCAUCAGGCACCCGCUCCAGCCGAUGUCAACCCGUUUACGAAUCCUCUUGAUGAAGCUUUCGAAGCGGCUAUCCAAGCCAGGGGUUUGGCCGACGGCGCAACUCUGGAGGCAGCGUACCAAUCGUUCCAUCCAGAAAUUCCCGAUAUCGGUGGUACCGAAUUGACAGCCAUAGAGGAAGAAAGCGAGCCUCCUACUUCUGCUACCCCACAAGAGCCUACAUCGACGGACCCUGACUCUCUUGUUGGCCGCAAGUCAUCGAAGAGAGACAAGCGAAAGCAGAAGAAGUUGAAUCAAACUCUGCCUAACGACUCGCCUGGAGCGGAUCUGCCGCGUGCCCAUGACGCGGACAAACCGGAAUUCGAUAUCGAUCGGUCGGUGGCCGUUACUAGUGCGGAUCAGUUUUUGCCUGAGGAGCGCGUCUUUGCAGAGCCUACUCCUGCACUUGAACGCCCAAAUCCGUUCGGCGAUGAUUUCGAGAUCAAAUCUACUGGAGAUGGUGUACAAUCGACUGCCUUCGGUAGCAGUCCGGCGACGGGUGAAAUAGACAGCGGGCAGGCUACUCCCAAGAAGGGUAAGAAAGACAAAAGGAAGAAGAAACGACAGUCUUCUACCUGGGAAGAGGAAGCUGCCACAGAACAGGCCGAGACAGUUGUGCAGGUCGAAGGUACCGACCCUGACCCUCAGGCAGUGCUUGACGAGACAACAGCCACAAGGCACGACGGCGCACCAAGCCGCGAGGUUGCUCUUGAGGAAGAUGUAUUUGCCACCCCAGCCGAAAGUCCUCAGGAGGAAUCAGAGGAUCCUUGGAAAGUGGACCCUAAACCGGGAAAGAAGUCGAAAUCAAAGAAGGUAGGCCUGCGUACUACCUUGGACGAUUCGCCCGCUACAGCCCUCGAAGAAUCACCUGUAACUGCGCCGUUCUCCGAGCAUGGAAAGUCCACUCACGAACUCCUGGAUUCAGCAGACAAGUCUCGAGAUGCUGUGUUUGCGGAGAAAAUAGUCGACAAGUCAGGCAUCGACGAAUUUCCUACGGCUGUUCCCCCUUUACCAGCGACUGGUCCGGUUGAGGAGUCUCAUGCCCAAGUUGACUCGGAGUCGGCAACCAGAAGCAUCACAGAUAUGGUCGAAGGGGAGCAAGUAUCCAUCUCCGAGGCAACAAACGGGGAGCGCGCUCCACAGUCCCAAACAGAGGAGAAAUCGCACUUGGGCGACGAAGUGGAUGUUGGCAUCCCUUUGGGAGCGACUGCCGCAGCGCUCUCCGUCGCCACGGAUCGCCCCCAGGAGGAACUAUUCGAGCCAGUCUUGGAGGCGCAUGAACCCGUUGUAGAGAAGUCAGAUGCUGAAGGUGUGACCGACGCAACACACGCAGCCAGUCUUGACCCUGCGGAAGAUGCGAAUGACACCGACAUGAAAGACGUGACUGAAAUUUCUGUACCUGAAGUUUCAGAUCGUCCAGCUGAAUCCGCCGAGCAACUCGAGCCAGAGGCUGCGACUACUUCUUCCGUCACUGAGCAUGUCGUAGAGCAAACCCCAGAGCAUGUCCCAGGCUCGACGGACCACGAGCAUGCAGAAGAGUCUGUCGCUCCUUCAACACUGGAGGUUCCAGCAGAGACUCUGCUUGCUGACCAGGACUCGCUGACUCGGCAAGGAGAGGACUUCUUCCCUAUCACGAAGAAGGCCAAGAAGGAUAAGAAAAAGAAGCGGACUGCUACCUCUGAAGGCGCACAAGUUGUCAAUUCCAGUCAAGAGUCUCCGUUAGUGGAAGAAGUGAUCACGCCAUCUGUACCUUACUCACUCGCGGAAUUCGGAAGGAAAAUCGACGUACCAGAACCUUCAGAGCCUGCCGAAACACAGAUUCCAGUUGCCCCAACUCUGGAUGAGGCGAUACAUGCCCCUGAGGCGCCCACUGAGGAACCAUCUCAGCCGGACGACGACCUCUGGGCUGUUCCGGGCAAGAAAUCUAAGAAGGACAAGAAGAAGAAGAAGCGGCAAUCAACUCUAGCUGAGACUGACAUCGCAUCUUCUGCUGAGUCUGCAGCAGUCACCGACGAGAAGACGAUCGGCGCCGAUGUUCCACGAGAAAUAGAACCCUCCGACACGCCCACCGGCUCGUUUGACCCUUCAACCGAGUCAGUGGCGCCAGCGCUUGUUGGGGAUGAGCCUAGGCAAGAUGAAGCCCUCUUUCCAGUAUCAACUAAGAAGUCGAAGAGCAAAAAGAACAAACGCGGUUCAAAUUCAGCUUUUGAUCAGCCAGAUGUGCCUCCUCCGGCCGAAAAUGCACCCUUAGAUGGGAACAAUGUUCAAGACGCUGAUAGCUACGAAAACAUGGUUGCCACGGAUCUGUCACAACCUACUGACCAUGGCGAGCUCCAAGCCGACUCGCCAUCGACCCCUGCCAAGGAAGCACCUCCAGAAAUGGAUGAUGAAUUUACAUCCACGAAGAUAUCGAAGAAGUCAAAGAAGGACAAGAAGAAGCGACGGACAUUCAUCGAUGAUUCUGACGAGCCGCAAAAGGACGGGGUUGGUAGUCAGGAGGCGGAAACCGCGGCGCCUACUGUUCCGGAACAGAUCCCGGAGCCUGGUGCGCUGGCAGAAGUGUCGGUGGAGACUACCGACGAUAUCCGAAGACCGGAGAGGACAAACGCUCAAGUUGUGGGCGCAGACUUCACUCAAAUUCACGAGCCUGAGCGAAUUCCAGAAGCGGCCGCUGAAAUCGUCUAUGAUGCUCCUGUUACCCGCGACCAGACAGAUUCCCCGACCGAUCUUGAACUUUCGUCUACUCGUGAGGGAUCCGCAACCGAUGAACCACAGACGAUGAACGUGCCUUGGGAAGACACUGUGUCUGAACAUUUGGCUGACGUGGCUCCGGAAGCGGAGACAUCAAAUGUUGAGCGUUCGAUUGAGCCGGCAAACUUUCAGGCUUCCGUGGCUGAGGUCCCGGUCCAUGACUCCGUCAAAGUUGAGACGGCAACCGUUGAGCCUCCAGCUGUUGAGGCUCCGGUUGUACAGUCUCUCGUCCAUGCGCAAGUCCCGACUGAAGCGGCUGCUGACGAGUCACCCGCCGUCGAGGUUCCAUUACCUCAACAAGUCACUGUUGAGCAGGCAGCCGAUGAGCCAUCUACUGCCGGUGCUGUGGCUGUACAGUCCUUGGUGCAUGAACAAGGUGCGGUAGAGACCGCGGUCGUUGAGCCUCUUAGUGGUGAGGCUCCGGUCACACAGUCUCCCGUCCACGAAACGGCGACUCUUGAUCCUCUUGUCGAAGAUGAACCUGUUGUCGAGACAAAUAUCCGAUCUAUAAUGGAUGAGGCCCAUGUUGACGUGCCCAAGGCAGUGGAGUCUUCAACUGUCGGACCUGCAAUUGUACGGGCUCCGGUUCCUCAGGCUCCUUCUGAUGAGGUAGCAGCUCUUGAUGCCUUAGCUGCUCGUACUCCAACCAUGGAGCCCCAUUCUGCUACAGAUGUCGCGGAUCAGGCUCACAUCGACGCGCCGGUCACAGCUGAGACGCAAAACCGUGAGACCUUGUAUGACGAGGCUUCCGGCGUCACCACAAAUGCAAUCGAUCCUACCGCAGUCGAGACUCCGACCGUUGAGCCUCCUACUGUUGAGGCUCCGGUCGUUGAGACUCCUGCGGUUGAAGGCGAUGCAGUGAACAUGGGUGCCGUUGUACCUGAAACUGAGGAAGAAUGGGACAUGCCAGUCAAGAAAUCGAAGAAAGACAAGAAAAAGAAGCGUCAUUCAACCCUCGCCACCGCAGUACCCGAAUCUGAACCUCCAACGAGUGGGACACAGGAGCACCCGGGGGCGCCAGAGUCUGCGCCUGCAGUUGAAGAUGAGGUUAUCGGCCCUGACGCUACGCCACCAGAAGGCGAUGUUACCAAGUCAGACGUUGACAUGCUGAAUGACGCUCAAGAUUUCACGGCGCCGACCUCGAAGUCGAAGAAAGACAAGAAAAAGAAGAAGCGUCAGUCUACUCUUGUAGAUGAUGUGAUCGAAGUCGAGGCCGCAGCAGAUGAAUCCAAAGCAAAUGUCAACGACUCAACCACCAUGUUGUCGGAAGCCCCAGCCGGCGUAGAAAUCGGGGCAGGUGACAGCGUCGCUGCAGCACGCGACCUGGUAGGCGCCCAAGAGAUUUCUCAUGCGGAUCACCUUGCUCUAGCCAACGCACCAGUCCCACAAGAUGUUCCUGAUGAUGAAUUGGCGUUCACAUCGGCCAAGGCCAAAAAGGACAAGAAGAAGAAGAAGCGCCAGUCCGCACUGGAAUCUGCAGCCACCGAGUCGGCUCAACUUGAAUCCAACGAGACGCAGCCGGUUGCAGAGACUCUUGCUGAGCCCACUUUGAGGGAGGAGGCCACACCAACAGAGUCAGCUAUACAAUCCGGUGGGGAGAAUGGGCCUGCAAUUGUCAAUGACGGAUUCGAUGAUUCAUGGGCUCCGGCAUCCAAAAGGAAGAAGGACAAGAAAAAGGGGCGCAAGUCCAAGACUGAUGAUUUCAGCACAGUUGAUGAAGUGCAAGGACAGAGUCGGGACAUCGAAGUGGGUGGGGAGCAAGAUCUGAAGCCGCAGGUGGAAGCUGUGGAAGCGCAGGCAAUAGAACCCAUUGGCAGUGGGACUAUCUCUGCAAUGGCCGAGCAACACCCUACUCGCCUUGCUGAUCUGGACAAUGUCGCUCGUGAACCCGAAAUAGCGGAGCCAGCGUCGGUAGCUGAACCUACAGAGAGAGCUCAAACACCAACCCCGCCGUAUCUGCAACCAGAUGAGGUCAAAGAGCAGCAAGACGACCCAAAGCUGAAAGCUCAUGACGAAGGACAUCCAGUGGGAGACGCCGCAGAAGAGACAGCACCGCCCGAGGAGUCAGCACCGCGAGAGACAGCAAUACCCGAAGAGACAGCGCCACCCGAAGUGACUGCGGAGCAAGAGUUGACCGUGUCCAGCACACUCGAUCCAGCUCCAGAAGAUCAAAGCCUUGACUAUUUCAGUCUCUCGAGAAAGAAGUCGAAGAAGGACAAGAAGAAAAAGCGGCAAGCAGCCUUGGAGGAGCCACAGACAUCCGAUGCUUUCGAGACACCCAUGGAAAAUGCCACCCCGGUUGAACCUCUGCAGACGCCCCUGGAGACAACUGGAACGGUGUCGCUCUAUGACACACCUACGGAAACAGCAGGUUCACCUCCCAUUGAGACGGAAGAUGCGGUGCCUCAUGUCGAGGAGGAACAGUCAGGAUCUACGAAGACCAAAUCAAAGAAGGGCAGGAAAGAGCGCGAGUCUGUGCUCGAGGACCCAGAGCUGGUUGACGCGGGUGAGACACCUCUUGAACGAGAAGACCCCGUUGAGCUUCCUGUCGAAGGUGCAGAGCCCGUGCUUGAAGAGGACUGGUCAACGCCUACGAACGCCAAAUCAAAGAAAGGCAAGAAGAAGCGACAACCUACUUUUGAUGAUGCUUUUGCCGAACACUCGCCUGCUACGCCAGAGGCAGAACCUGGGCACGACGAGGCUGCGAAUGACGACUUUACAGGGAGUGAAAUACCGGCGGCAACUCCGGGAAAUGAAGAGGAAGAUCGCAACGUUUCCAAGAAGACAAAGAAGGAGAAGAAGAAAAAACGGCAGUCGACAUUCGACGAUACCUUUGCGGAGCCUGCUGUUGUCACCAAAGAACCCGAACCCGUGGCUGUCAGCAAAGCGCCAGAGUCUGUCUCGGAGCCAGGCGUGAGCGAAUCGCCCCAAGAACCCAUCCAGGAGCCUACAUUGGCGGACACGAUUUCUAGUCAAGCUCAGUCCGAGGUGGACGACUACAAAGUCUCCAAGAAGGACAAGAAGAACAAGAAAAAGAAGCGUCAGUCAGUCUUCACGGAGAUCUCAGACAAUCCAAUAGUGGUCGAUGAGACGGCCGGCGAGGUCGUCGUACUCGAAAGUGAGGAGCUUCGUGAGGCAGGUCAAACCGCAGACACGACGAGAGAUGCUUUCGACACAAUGCAAGUGGAAGCCAAUGAAGUCCAAGCUCCUCCUGAAAGUACCGCAAUCGUUGAAGACUCUCCACCAGCACAUGAUUCUGCUCAUCGAGACGAAGCAUUGUACAACGAUACCCCUUUGGACGCUCACCCACCUGGUGAAGCUCCGGUACACGAGGAAAUGACCGCCGAAGAGGUUGCUGUGGCUUCAUCUGCGGAGCCCGAGGAAAGUGGUCUUCAGCAGCUCGAAUCUUUUGAAGAGCCUGCAGCAGGACAGGCUCAGAGCAUCGGCCACCCGGACACGCCAGGUGUAGUGGAAGUUGAAGUAUCGCAGAUGAGUGAAGAGUCGCGACCUGAAGUGGCUAUGACGACCCAGAAUGAGCAGGUAGAGCCCGCAGAGCCCAGCGUUCCAGACACGCUAAUGACUAUGGAGACUGACGAGCCAAGGAAUGAGGGAGGUCGCCUAGACCCUGAAAGACAAGUGCCAGACGAGGAAUCAGCACCGCCGGCUCCAGAAGUCGCGGCUUCGGACGACUUCCAGGUACCAAAGCCCAAGAAGAGCAAGAAGAAAAAGCGCCAAUCAACCUUUGACGAAACCGAGUUUGAUCCACAGCAGACCGAAGCAGGAGAGCUCGAGAGCACCUUGCGGGCUCCGCCGACGGAGUCUGCUGCUGAACCGCAAGCGCUGGCCCCUGCGCCAGUUGAUUUGCCCUCUACGGACGCGACAACCGCAGAGCCGACUGUCGAAGAAGAAUGGGCCAUGCCAUCCAAAAAGUCAAAGAAGGCCAAGAAAAACCGUCAAUCCACUUUCGAGGAGCCUACCCGCGACGCUCUACAGGCCGAAACACGAGACGGCAUUGCCGAACCCGAAUUGACAAAGUCUGGCGAUAUCGAGAUGCUCGAUGCGGCGGAUGAACUUACGACCCAACCUGACACGGUUGAGCCUGCCAUGGGCGAAGAGUGGGCGACGUCUAGCAAGAAGUCAAAGAAGGACAAGAAGAAGAAACGCAAAACACUUCUAGCGGAGGAAGAAUCGCAGCCUUCCACUCCCCUUGAAGAGACACCAGUUGAACCAUCCAUUGAUGACGAGCAGCAGCCCGAGGCGGAUGUCACGAUCACGUCGCGCGAACAACUCUACAGGAAUCCGGCGUCCGAAGUCGACACGGGAUCAGACAAGCCCGCAGAAGCCGCCGUCCUCUUCCCUGACGAACAACAACCGGAAAACGGACCACUUGCUCCAGGAGAUAGCAACGAAGCCAAUCAGCCAGCCGAUUCACUCCUCGCUGCGGAAGAAUGGGCCACAUCGACUAAGAAAUCCAAGAAGGAUAAGAAGAAAAAGAAGCAGAGAUUGGCCCUUAAUGAUAUGGACGUUGACGAGUCCCAGACUGCAACUCCAGCGGAACUAGCGGCCGAGGAAGCACCCAUUGAGCAGACCGCUGUCGGUAUCUCAGCGGGUUCUCAGGAUGAGCCGGCUCUGGAGCGCAAAAUCGAGCAUGAUGAGCUAGGGGGCGCAGAGCCGAAGUCUACCGCUUCGCAGCCUCAGAUGUUCGAAGACAUGGAACCAGCUCCCAAAGAAUCAUUGACAAAAGCAGAGGAGCCGUCUUCGUCGUUGUCAAUUGCUGAAUCAAUCGACAUCGUCCCUGAGGAGCCCUCAACCAUUCUCAGCAGCCACCCCGUCCACGAGCCAGAAUUAGAAUCCGCCCCGUCAGGAGCAGCAGUUGAGGGCGAGCGCGAACUUGUGCCAACUCUGGACGAGCCCAGGCAGGUGGAGACCGAGUGGCCUCCAGCCAAAAAGUCGAAGAAAGAGAAGCGGAAGAGCAAGAGACAGUCAACAUUGGACAACAUCUCAGAGCCACAAGAACAUGUACCAAACGCUGCAGAAGCACCAGAAGUGGAAGCACCCCUUGAUGUGGCGCCGACCGACGUCAUUGCCGACGUCCAGCAGUCAACAAUCGAUCCUACGCCAGGCGAAACACAAGCCCAGGAGGAAUGGGGCUUUCCCACCAAAAAGUCCAAAAAGGGCAAGAAGGGCAAGGCUUUGGCGCUCGGUGAUGGUAUCACGACUCCGGGUAGUGAGACACCGAGAUCAACUGAUCAAUUCGAAUCUGCAGCUCAGACGCCCUUGAGCCGAACCGCGUCUCCAGAACCAAUGGAAGGCGUCAAGGAGCUAGAGACAACAGCCGCGCAGCUCGAGGCUAACGAUGGAUAUUUUGCUCCAGCAAGCAGGAAGAAGUCGAAGAAGGACAAGAAGAAAAAGUCACUGUUCGCGUGGAGCGCUGACGAUCAGCCGGCCGAGGACACAUCCGAAGCAGGACCAUCAACGCCUGCAUUGGAAGCAGAACCUAACCAGGACGCGGACCAAAGAAUGGAAGCGGAUGUUGAGCCAGUUGCAUCAGUGGCAAAAGGGGUUCUCGAUGAAGCAAAAUCACUCCGUGACCGCGAAGCACCGAAGACAACAGACGAUCUUGAAAUGCCCACAGUUGUCUCCGGACCAGAAACAUUUCACGACCGGUCAGUUUCGGACGAGCAGCAUGAGACUUGGAUGGGUGAUAUCCCAGGGCCCGGCAGUUCCAAGCCUCAGGUUGACGAUCCACCUUGGGAUAUCGAUGUUGACUUGGCGCGAGUCCCUAUGCACGUCGCGGACAGCCAAAAAGACGUGCAAGCGGCUAUUGCCUCGACCCCUGACGAGACAGCGGUUACAGGUAGACAGGAACAACACUCAGAAUUGAAGCCUACGGGAUCUGCUGAGCUACCAGUGAUGGACGAGACUUUUGCCCCUACCACAAUUCAGGCGGAUCAUCUCUCAGAACAAACACAGCCGGUGGUUAUGGCAGACAGACCCGAAGCUGUUCGGGACCUGGAUGCUGAGCCAGCCGUGCAGGAAAACGUUCUACCAGCGCUCGAAGAACCCAUUCAGCGCAAAAAGAGUAAGAAAGACAAGAAGGCCAAGAAACAGCGUCGGGUCUUUGAGUUUGAUGGGAGUGAGAAUGUUAUACAGCCAGUUGCUGAACCUGAAGAGACUGACCUUCGUGAGCCGGAUGCGAUGGAGAUCAUCCCCAAGGAGCCCGUCGAGCCAUCAGAAGCAACGGCGCCAGCUCGAGAACCUCCGCCUCCGGAGGACAUGGAUAAUCUGUCUGACGUGAGCGAGAGCACCCGUGAAAGACGACGGAGACGACGCUCGCCUCCAGUGUGGUCUGGAGAAGAACCUGAAGAUCUCCCAAGAGACCGUGCUCUUACCCCACCGCCUGAGCACGACGACAUAAUGGACACGGCUCUGGGCAUCGCAGCUGGACUUGGAUUCGGUGGCAGAGAGUCAGAACCGACAAGAGAAUCUCCACCAAAACCGAGCUCGCCCGCUCGACAAGCGUCGACCGGCUGGUCAUUUGCAAGACUGGCACCCGGUGUCACUACUGCGGAGUCCAACCGUGACAGUGGUGUUCAAUUUGACUCGCCUGUUCUUGCCACCGACCACUUCUCGUCUAUACGGGACAGCGGUUUCAUCCCCAGUCCCGCCAUCGCACAUGUCGAGUUCGGUGGUGCAAGGGAUGAAAGCUCAGGUAUGAAGCUUCGGCCUCCUCGCCCGCAAUCACCCACCAGUUCCACCGAGGAUGUCUCGAAGCCCCAGCCAAGCAGAACACGCCAUGAAGAGAGCGCGACACUAGAGACGCCGAGACGAAAGCCAUCGCCUGUUGAGUCUACUUCGAAGGACCGAACUUCAGUCUUGUUCAACUCUUCACCUGCAGUGCCGUCUCCUUUGAUCACAACUGGCAUUGCCAGAAGUCCUGAACACAGCCAGAGUCCUCUACGCAGGAGCCCAAGCAUCCACGGCCAUCACCACAGUCGAGAAGAGCUCAGACAACAAAAGGCUAAGGCUGUCCUGCACCACGAAGACAGCGAGCAACUUGCAUCCAACCUCAUGGAUCGGUCUGCUGCAGCAGCAGUCAAUCGCUCAGUGUUUGAUCCAGAAAGUCGUGACCGCCCGUUCACUCCUGGAAGGUCAGCGCUUGGGCCCAUCCAAGAAGACUCACCCGAAACAGGCGGAAUAGCGCACCCAUCUCUAGAGACGCCUCCCGCGCUCUCGAUCCAACGCGAUGCUGGCAAGGAUGAUGUCGGCGCUCUGGGCGUCGUGGCGGCGGCCGGAGCAGCAGGCAUCGCAGCGGCUGCUCUCGCUUCACGUGACACGGGCGCUAAGUCGCUUGGCAGGUCCAAAUCGCGAACCUCGUCGUUGCGCAACCUUCGCGGCAAUUCCAUCUCUCCGUUCGACCCAGCCAAUUUCGCGUCCGGGUCAUCGCAGGAUCCUGUCCAUGCUCGAGAUACAGGCAAGGCUGCUGUCCGCGACAGGGACAUGGCUGAGAUCUAUGUACGUCUGCACGCGUCUAGCCCUCCCGCGCGCUCCCCAAUACUAACAGCCUUGCAGGAUGGCUAUGGGUCCUAUCCCGGCAGCCCCAGGUCGCCGACCCGACCACCGAGCGUACGGCGACGACAGAGCAUGCAACAGAUAAAAGAUCUUGAGGCCCGACUGGACCAAUUGGCCAGCGAGAAUCGCGCGUUGGUGGAGGCCAAGAUUGUCGCUGAGCAACACCUGGAACACGCGCACUUCGAAACAAAUCGCUCUGAGAAUGCGUCAGCUGCGUUCAAUGCGCAACUACAAGAACGCGAUGCCGAAAUUGCGCGGCUCAAGCAAGAGGUGGCAUCCCUGGUCGCGACACACGAAUCGCUGAAGAAAGAGCACGAGCAGAGCUUGCUCACCCUCCGCGAAGAACAUGAGCAGGCUCUGACGCAAUGGCAAGGCUCUUCACGGGAAUUGGAGACUCUGCGAUCGAGACACACCGAGCUGUCUACCGGCAUGGAGUCGAUCGUCAGACACGAAAUCGACUCGGCUCUCGCCGAGAAAAACGCGGAAAUCCAACGGCUUCGCGACGAUCUAGAAGUUGCAAGAGAGAAGAUCCGGGAGUUACAAUCACAGAUCCUCGAGCGACCUGUGGUCGACGUUGUGAUCUUCCACGAUGAGGACUAUUUUGAACAGGCAUGUCAGAAACUGUGCCAACAAGUGCAAGGCUGGGUGCUGCGUUUUUCAAAAUUCAGCGAUCUCAAGCUUUGUCGGACCACCAGCGAAGUCCGCGAGGAGAAGAUUGUGGACAAAUUUGACAAUGCGAUCUUGGACGGUUCGGACGUGGACGUGUACCUGGCGGACCGGGUCAAGCGACGCGACGUCUUCAUGUCGGUGGUGAUGACUAUGAUCUGGGAAUACGUCUUCACCAGGUAUCUCUUUGGCAUGGACCGGGAGCAACGACAGAAGCUGAAACAGCUGGAGAAGAACCUCGGCGAAGUAGGACCGGCCAGCGCCGUGCAUCAGUGGAGGGCGCUUACACUUACCCUGCUCUCCAAGCGCGAGAGCUUCAAAGCUCAGAAAGAAUCUGACACGGAAGCGGUCGCGAUCGAGAUCUUCUCGACAUUGUCACGAUUCCUCCCUCCGCCGCAAAAUUUGGAGGACCAGAUUGUGGGAUCCCUGCGCAACGUCAUGCGCACAGCAGUCGAGCUUUCGAUCGAGAUGCGCACCCAGCGAGCCGAGUACAUCAUGCUGCCGCCGUUGCAGCCGGAGUAUGACACCAACGGCGAUCUUGCACGCAAAGUAUACUUCAAUGCAAGUCUAAUGAAUGAAAGAAGCGGAGAAACAACCAGCAACGAAGAGCUCGAGCGCGCUCAGGCGGUUGUGCGGAUGGUGCUCUUCCCGCUUGUGGUCAAGAAGGGAGAUGACAACGGCGUCGGUGAUGAAGAGAUUGUGGUGUGUCCGGCACAGGUCUUGAUCGCCCGGCCGGACAAGGCGAAGAAACCGCGGAGCUCGACGCGACACGUUAGUGGCGGCAGUGAUGCAAAGAGCUUGAGAGCCAUCAGCACCCACAGUCUCGCGAUGAGCGGAAUCGAAGGGAACGAGAACAUGUUUUGA